AUGCCCAUCGGCCGAAAGUACAGAUCGACCAAGAUCGGUCCCGUAACACUACCUCACUAUGCUAGCCCAGCCACCCAGCUGGUAAUUGUCGCUUUCGUCUGUUUCUUGUGCCCUGGCAUGUUCAAUGCUCUGUCGGGUAUGGGCGGAGGUGGUCAAGUGUCUGCUAAAGCUGCUGAUGAGGCCAACAUUGCUCUUUACGCCUGCUUCUCUGUCGUCGGGUUCUUUGCUGGUAGUAUCGUCAACUCCAUCGGCAUUAGAUGGUCGCUGUCCUUUGGUGGUUUGGGCUACUGCAUUUACGUGGCUUCGUUCCUCUGCUACAGCCACACUCAAAACACAGGCUUCAACAUCUUUGCAGGUGCUCUGCUUGGUUGCUGUGCCGGUAUGCUGUGGUCAGCUCAGGGUGCUAUCAUGAUGUCUUACCCUCCCGAGAAUUCCAAGGGCAGAUACAUCUCUUGGUUCUGGAUGAUCUUCAACCUGGGUGCUGUCAUAGGAAGUCUGAUUCCUCUCGGUGAAAACAUCAACGCCACUAGCAGUGGCACAGUCUCCGACGGAACCUACAUUGGCUUCAUCGUCUUGACAGCAUGUGGUGCUGCACUGGCCUGGUGUCUAGUAGAUGCCAAAUCAGUUGUUCGCAAUGAUGGCUCUCGCAUCAUCCUCAUGAAAAACCCCACCUGGAAGUCCGAGCUGAUGGGACUUUGGGAGACAAUCAGAAGCGACCCAUACAUCAUCUGUCUUUUCCCGAUGUUCUUCGCUUCUAACUGGUUUUAUACCUAUCAGUUCAAUGGUGUCAACCUGGCAUACUUCGACACAAGGACUCGAGCUUUGAAUAAUACCCUCUAUUGGACUGCUCAGAUUGUUGGGGCAUUCGUCUUUGGAUACUGUCUGGACUACUCCAAAAUCCGUCGAACAGUCAGAGCAAAGAUCGCCUGGGUUGCCAUCCUGAUCCUGACACUCGCAAUCUUUGGCGGCGGAUAUGCCUUCCAGACGGGCUACACUCGUGAAACCGUUUCAGCAAAAACGUUCGUUUCGAAAGAUUGGAGCGACUCGGGCUACGUUGGUCCCAUGUUCUUGUACAUCUUUUACGGCUUCUACGAUGCCGCAUGGCAGACUUGUGUGUACUGGUUCAUGGGCUCAUUGACCAACAACGGUCGCAAGCUCACCAACUUUGCCGGCUUCUACAAGGGCAUCCAGUCUGCCGGAGCUGCUGUCAUUUGGCGUCUUGACUCAAAGAACCUAGCGUACAUGAGAGAGUUUGCCUCAAGUUGGGGCCUCUUGCUGGGCGCUCUGGUUUGUGCUCUACCAGUCCUGCUCAUCAGAGUCAAGGAUCACGUCAGUGUUGAGGAAGAUGUGAAGUUCUCGGACGAGACAGUUGAAGAGGUGAUUGGCACAGCGGAUGGUAAAGCUGCGGCUCAUGAUUCCGAGAAGGUCUGA